AAAUUCUAGAGCUUUCGGCUGCAUUUUUCUUCUAACCUUACAACUUCUCGUAGCCGGCUGCGUGCCCUUCAUGCAGACGUUUUCUUCUCUUCAAUUCUUCUACUAUGAUUAUAGAUUGAUUCCGUAGUCAACUUACCCGUCCAUCUGUCAUCGCUUCCAACCCAAAUCCAGACUUCGUCCGAAUUAUCCUCCUUCUCAUCCCACCAUGGUUCUCCACAACCCGAACAACUGGCAUUGGGUCAGCAAGAAUGCCAGUGAAUGGACUAAGCAAUGGUUCGAAGAGAAUCUGACCAAGGUCUCGGCCGAAGAUGGAGAGGUCACCGCCAAGAUCAAUAAGGUUGUCAGCAUGGACGGUGACGUUGACGUAAGCCAACGGAAGGGCAAAGUUAUUACUAUUUAUGACGUGAAACUCGUCUUAGAAUAUUCCGGAUCUGCGCCUGGAGAAGAAAAUGUUUCGGGCACCAUUACCGUACCUGAAGUUGCUCAUGACACCGAAGCCGAUGACUUCGUCUUUGACAUAGACAUCUAUUCGGAGUCUCAGGAGAAGCAGCCGGUGAAGGACUUGGUUCGAUCCAAGCUAACGCCCCAGCUACGCGAGGAAUUCUCUAAGCUUACCCCAGCCUUAAUUGCCGAACAUGGGAAAGACAUCCAACAUGCUGCUGGCUCAAAUCCCUCGAGCGGGUUCACCACACCGAAGUACCACACACCAAGCGGCGUUAACACGGCGAAGCCCGAUGCCAGCGCUACCACCCAAAACAACAAAGGUAGCGUCGUCAACACCACAACGGUAAAUGACCAAGAAGAAUUCCGAACUACCGCCGCCGAACUGUACCAGACCUUCACUGACCCUCAACGGCUGGCGGCGUUCACCCGUGCUCCGCCAAAGAGAUUUGACGGUGCCAAGAAGGGCGGACAGUUUGAGCUGUUCGGGGGCAACGUGUCUGGCGAAUAUGAAGAACUCGAGGAACCGACGAAGAUUGUCCAGACUUGGCGAUUAAACCAGUGGCCGGCAGGUCAUUACUCGAAGCAGGUAAUUGAAUUUGACCAGAACGACGUCGACGGUGUGACUGUGAUGAGAGUGACCUGGAGUGGCGUCCCCGUAGGCCAAGAAGAGGUGACUAAGCGCAACUGGGAAGAAUAUUACGUGAGGAGCAUCAAGACGACCUUCGGAUUCGGGACGAUCCUAUAGCUGAGGGCAACUAAGUUGGCCAUGGGCGUUCUCUGGUUUAGUGGCGUAAUUGGUAAGAAGUGCAAUCAGUCCUCGCGGGCGGUUGUUUGACCAUUUCAUCAUAACCAUGAUCGUAAGGUAGAGAGAGCUUUGCAUUGUCAAAAAAUCAUAUUAAUAAAUAACGAAGAAAAAUGACUUGAAUGGCAGAAUGGUCGAUUUUAUCAUUGUUUCUCUACUCCGUGAUUUUCGCAACUCAUAAAAUCAUAUUACAGAUAGGUCCCUAUUCAUAUUAAUCGACACCAAUAAGUUGAAUACCAC